ACUUUCAGGAAAUGGAGGGAGAUUUCUUUAUUACAGAAUAUAUGAGUUGCGGACGAGAUGAACUGAAAUGUACAAUAAAAAAGUUAUAUUCAGAUUUCAUCGUCAAUGAAAUAACAUCGGAUGGAACCGUUCUUGAUAUAUGUUUACCAUGCACAACGGAAACGAUCAUUGAAAGUAAAGAAAUAGAAAAUAGCUUGACAGAUAUAAGUGUUAUCUCCACUCCAGAAGCUGUCACACAAGAGCUAGUCUCAAAAAUCGAUGGUCUCCUCAAAGAUGAAAUCAGUGUUGUUGAAAUACCAACUGAAGGUAUGGAUAAACAAAAGCGUACCAUUAUACAUGACUGGAUACGCAAUCGAUAUAAUGGUCUUUUGGAUUCACAAACAGUUACCAGUGCGAUUCGAGUUCUAAUAUCGAAUAAGCGAACUAGGAAAAGAAGGACCUGGCCAGUAGAUCGCCCCGAUUAUGUUCAUUUCACAUUAUGCAAAGAAAACAAGGAUACACAUUAUGCACUUUCUGUGAUUUCCAAAUUCUUGGGGAUAAAAAACACUUCAUUUGGUAUUUGCGGUACAAAGGAUCGUCGGGCUCUUACAACACAACGAGUAUCAUUAUAUCGAUGUGAAAUUCAGCGUUUGAGAGAGCUUAACGCAAAGCUUCGCGGCAUAAGGCUCACUGAUUUUACUUCAAAUUCAAAACCAUGCAAAUUGGGUGAUCUUUGGGGAAAUAGAUUCAAAAUCAUUUUAAGAGAUGUUCAUCCGUUCAGCGAAACUGAUUUAGUCGAUAGGAUUGAAGAUUUCAAGUCAAACGGUUUUAUCAAUUAUUUUGGAACUCAGCGUUUUGGAUCGUGCGCUUUUAAUACCGCUGAAAUCGGUAUUGCAAUUUUAAAAAAGGAAUGGGAAGUUGCCUUGAAAACAAUUUUGAAACCACGGAAUGCACACGGAAGUAUUCGGGAAGCUUUGGAUGAAUGGAAUAAAUCAGGAAACGCUUCUACCGCUUUGAAAAAACUCACAGGCAGUCAGGCAUAUGCUACCAUCGAAGGGCAACUUUUAUCAUCUCUUAGCAGGAAUAAAUGCGAUUAUCACGGUGCUCUAUUGAAGUUAACUCGGAAUACACGCAGUCUUUAUGUUCAUGCCUACCAGAGCUUGUUAUGGAAUAAGGUUGUUACUCGAUGGGUUAAAAACAGGGGAUUUCGUGCGGUCGCCGGUGAUUUAAAUGUUCAAGGUCAAAAAAUCAGCGAUUUUCAAAAUGAGGAGGUAGCUUUGCCUCUGAUAUCAGGAUCUGUUGAGUUUCCUGACAACGAAGUCAAGAAUUUAUUGGCUUUGUUUUUGAAUGCUGCCAACAGUUUGUGUUAUGAUGAUUUCACUGAUCAGAUUUUCAAGUUUUUUUUUUUUAAUAAAAGAAUAAAAUUCUAUAUAUUGAUUUCCGUAAAUAAACUGGAGUGUUCAAUAAUCAGGUUUGAUUGCUGACAGUGUACUUGCGACCGUCAUGAAUAUUUUUCAGUCCGAGAUUGGUAUAAAGAAAUAAUGGCUGAGGACGGCGUAACAAUAGCAAUGUUCAAGGCAUUAGAAAAGGAAUGGGCAAUAGGCACAGUGAUGCGACCUCUUAUUGCCAAAGCACAGGAUGUGAAGUAUAAAAUACUGACCUAUCCCGAAGCUAGGACAAAAUUGCAGGCAGAUCUUGAAGGAGAUAUAGAUUCAGGAAAUAUUGGAGUCGGCGACUUCCACGCUGUAGCUUUAGAGUUUUCUUUGCCUUCUGGUUCUUAUGCUACCAUUGCUUUACGCGAAAUCACAAGGUGUGAUAUGAGUAAAUUGGCUCAGAUGUCUGUGGCUCAAAAUGAAAAGGAUUUAACUGAAUCUGUCUAGAACUUGAAGAAAUAUUAUGUAUGAAUGACUGCAAGCAAAUUGACACCAUUGAUGUUUUAAGCACUGUUGUAACUCAAAAACACCAAAUGAUAAAAAUUUAAAAGUUAUUGCACUGAUGAAAAAUAAAGCUUGC